AUCAGCCUCCGGAUCAAUUCUUCUUCCCCUUUCCUCGAUCCCCUUUGUGCACUGUUCACUUUCUUGCCUGAGAGAUCAGCUCCUGAGCCGACCCCAUCCCCAUGGCUGCUUCUUCUUCCCUCUCCCUCCCAGCAACGCCGGCCGCGCUCCGGCACGGGGCGUGCCACGGACGACCAGCGCUACCGAGGAGGUCGCCGGUGGCGACGACGACAACGCGGUGCGCCGCGUUACGCCGGGACGCGAGCGGCGGCCGGGACCAGUACGGAGGCGCGCUGGUGGACGAGGGCAUGUCCGUGCUGAGGCGGCGGAUCCGGGAGGCGCGGAUGGCGGAGACCAACUACGAGGCUCCCGCCGAGUGGGCGCCGUGGGAGAAGCGCUACUACCCCGCCUACGUCUCCGACGUGUCCAGCCUCGUCGGCGCGCUGCAGCUGAUACUCAUGGGCACCAGGCCCGGCGUCGCCGUGGCCGUCGUCGCGCUGGUGCUCGCCAGCGUGCCCGUGUCCGCCUUCGCCGCGCUGCACCAGCUGACGCUGGUGGUCGAGGCCGUCCUCCAGUCCGUGUCCGUCCAUCACAUUUCUUGAUCCAGUCAGACCAUCUUUUUGCUUUUAUUUUAGCCUUGAGGCAGCCUGCCACGUGUAUAGUAGUGGAGGCUUGUAGUUGUAGCAGUUCGUCUUCAGCUGAUAUCAAGAUUCUUUAGUGUUGACACAUAAUAACAGUUCAUUUUACAAUGCUC